CUUCACUCAACUCGCAUCGAAGAUGGUCCGUCUCCCUUGAUCAGUCCGCUUGUUUCUUCGUUUACAUAUCUCCUGCAAUUGGAUUCAGAAACACACUUUCACGCGUCCCGUUGGCCAACUAGUGCCUAGUCUGUUGUCUCUAGCUAUUGCAUUCCCUCCCAAGAUGCCUGUUAUAGUAUCGAUCUAUGGUCAUUGCGAAGGACUACGUACACUAGGCUAUACCAAAGCGCGUCGAAUAUAGGAACCUGCAGUGAAGCGACUCGGUCAGAGGUCCUGCUAGGAUCAUACAAUUCGUGCUGACUGCUGUCAACAUCCACAAUUUAUCGCUAUCGCUCCGAAUAUCCUGCCACUUAAAUUCUACUCGACCACCAUUCAUAAUGGCAUCAGUAUUCACCUAUGACCCCGAUCCUCCUAGGGUCUCUUCGCCGUGGUCGACAUCAGGCUCCUCAACACCCCAGAUGGCAGCGGCUACCAGCAACCGCGUGGUGCCUCGGACCCGAUCCAGCACGACGCUGGACCGGGCCGACCCUGACCUGCUUUCCGAUUAUGGCAUUGCAAAGCUGGAACCCGAACCACAAGAGGGUCCCACCGAAUACAAGCUGCAUCUGCUGCUGCGUCCCCGUCGUCCGUUUGUCGCCAUGUCCACGGGCCACCUGGUGGGAGGCUCGUAUCAUUUCCGAGCGAGCCUCUCCAACGCAAGCCCGACGCCCUCCAGCUCCGAAUCAGCUGCCCGACCGCCGCAGGCUCGCUCCACGGAGAGUCGUCAGCAGAGACUGCAGCACCUGACUACGCAGUUACUCUGGCGCCUGCAGCAGUCGUCACCAUUCCACUCAUCUACGACUGCCAAUCUGGUCCUGCCCGUGCUCCCUGACGCAGCCCCUCAGCUGGGGGCGCCGCAAAAGCCAGCUAGGUUGCUCCCGGGUCUCGAGGAGAGCCAGGGAGCUCUGUAUGAGAUAGGGGUUGCUGACGACGGGACCUUUGUCGGACUCACCGUGGACGAGCUGGAAGAAAGUUUGUCCACUCUGCAGGUCAUGGCGGCCAGCCUUGGCUGCAAGGUCGAGAUCCUGCGUAGGGUCAUUGUUGGCAAGUGCGAGUGGGUCGAAGACUCCUGCCGCGCGAAAGCCGAUACCGGCAAGGUUCAUACGGAUAGCCUCUGGGUGGCCGAGGCCCUCGUGAGUCCUGAUUGGGAGUUCUACCGGGUCAAGUCUCCGAAGUCAGGCGCAGGGGAGGACGGGUCUUCGACGAGUGCCCCCCAGAGACGGCCUUCGCUAGACGACUCUUCCAAGACAGAGCAGAUCCGCGUCUCUAUUUCGGGCCCCAGCGCAGCCGGCAAAUCUUCACUUCUGGGCACUUUGACCUCGUCUGUGCUCGACAAUGGUCGAGGGGCCAGUCGACUGGGGUUACUGAAGCAUCGGCACGAGAUAUCAUCAGGGAUCACCAGCUCUGUUGCCCACGAGCUGAUUGGAUACGCCUCUAACGAGUCUAGUCCCGAUACCAUCGAUGUGAUUAACUACGCUUCUGGCAAUAUCGCCGCAUGGGAUGACAUCCAUGCCGCGUCGGAGGGCGGCCGACUUGCUUUCGUGUCUGAUCUUCCAGGCUCGGUCCGGUAUUUGAAGUCGACUUUUAGGGGUAUCAUCAGCUGGGCUCCGCAUUAUGUUAUCCUCUGUAUCCCGGCUACAAGUGACGAUGAUUCAGUGGCGGAUAUUGCCCACGGUUCGUCUGAGCAGUCUACUGAAUUAUCGCAGGCCCUGUCGCAUCUGGAGCUUUGUGCCAAGCUCGGGCUUCCUACAGUGAUCGUGAUCACUAAACUGGACAUCGCGUCCCGCACCGGCUUGAAAAAAAACCUCGCGCAGAUCCUCUCGGUCCUGAAGUCAUCCGGCAGAAAGCCUUCGAUGUUGUCUGUCUCAGCGGCCCCUGCUGGAGACUUGCAACAUAUUGGGACCAAGGAUGCAGGUGAAGUGAAAAAUCUCGUCGCUUCGACACACAGUUGGCAGUCUACCGUACCUAUUGUUCUUACAAGUGCUGUGGACGGCUCGGGGAUAGCGAAGCUGCAUGCGCUGCUGCGUUAUCUCCCAAUACCCGCACGGCCGCCUUUGAGGGACGUUUCUUUACCAAAGGCCCUCGCCCCUCCAGUUGCGUUUGAGACGAUUUUUGACGUUGACGAGGUCUUUGCCAUCCCACUGUCAAAGGUGACCCACACGACCGAUCUCACAUCCCUUGCAUUGACCUGCUCUGCGCUUCAUUCGCUGGCGAUCCCGCAGAUGUACUCCCGGUUCGACAUCGUCUGGCCGGAAGCCCUAUCAACCUCCGACCAUCCGGCUGGCGUGGAUGCUCUGUCGUACGGGUUGGCGACUCUCGUGACCGGGGAGGAUAUAUUCCGCGAGGUGCCUGGCCGACGGUCGUCACAGCCGUGUCCACAUUGCGGGUGCAGCGGAGCGCCGCCCGGUCAGCAUGCGGCGGGCGGACUACCGCGAGUCCGCCGCGGCAACUACUACGCGCAGUAUACCCGCAAGUUCUCUGUCGGCAACGGGCCGUUGAUGUGGGUGCAGGAAUACGCGGUGACCAAGGAGACGGGCAAGAUGCUGGGGACGCUGGUGGCUCUGGCGGUGGCUCGGAUGGUGAACCUGGAGACCUUCGUCUGGGACAUGCCCACGGGAGUCUUGCGGGAUGUCUGGGUUGCGCUGGCGUCGCUGGCGACUCGCCCGGGCCACGAAUGCCGUCUGGAACGCGUUUGGGUGCGCUGGCACGAUAACUCCGACAAUGCCCUGCGGUCUCUGGUAGCCUCAGGCCCGACUGCGUCCUCGGUGACCUUGCCUCAUUCGCCGGCUACGAUUCUGGGGUCUACAGGGAAUACAGCAUCGUGGCAACGAUACGGACACGUGGAAUACCCCUCUCUGUCGAUCCUUCCACCAUUGAAGAGUCUGAGCGUGUUGGACAUCGACGAGCCGUCGUAUUUGGAAGAGAUGGGCGUGUUGGUCGAGCGGUCGCGCGGUCGGCUGAAAGAACUCCGUAUUGGGAUCUCUCCCAAAGCGUAUCCAGCGGCAUGGCUGAAACCGGCAGGGACCUGGCAAGCUGAGCAGCCAACGCCGCCGAAUGGAAUCAUUGGCUGGCCCCGAUCUGGGGGCGUACUGGGGGUCGUUCUUGGCAGGUCUGAAGAUCAUCACACUCGGCCCGAAUCACAGGCCCGUGUCUCUCCCAAUAAGGAGGAUUCUGUUGAGACGCCUCCUGAAACUAAUCAGACGGCGGGUGACGUGCCUGUCCACGACGGGCCCCCGUUGAUAGCGGGGUCUCCGCCCCAACCGAACGGUGGUGUCACUGGGCUGGCCCUAAAUAUGGAACACACGCACAUCGCCAGCUCGCCCGCGUCCUCCCCUUCAGAAACUAGACCCUCGCCGAUCCUCAGCGGGCCAUCGAGGUCUGUCACGGGGGCACAAACAACGCCCGAAGACGAUCGCCCGCUGUUACAACUUGAGACACUCGAGCUGGAGCGCGUUGCACUGUCGAUCCCGGUGGCAGUGCAUGCACUCGACUGGAGCAAGCUGACCACGUUGACGAUCCUUCGCUGUGAGAACCACGAGAAGCUCUGGCGGGCUCUGCGGCGCCAGUACUCCCCGUCGCCGUCACGGCCGAAGAGUGGGGAGGGCCCAGAGUACAUCCUUCGACUAAAGCACCUCCAUACGGAUGCCGUAUCGCCGUACCUGCUGCUGUUCAUCAAGGAUACGCUAGCGCCAAAUACCUUGGAGACCCUCUUCCUGCAUGAGGCGCCGAUGUCCGAGUCGAUCGUCAACAUCGACGCGAUCUACAAAAACGCGAUUCGUAAUCACCACCUGAGUCUGCAGAAGAUCCUGGUGGACAGCACCCAGCGCACGCCGGGGGGCGCGGAGAUGGCUAGCGUGCGAUGGUACAAGUGGAUGUUCACGCGCCAGAUGAUUACGUUCAUGAGCAGUGGUCGGAUGCCUCGGCUGAAGGAGCUGUCCAUUGCUCUCCACGCUAAGGACUGGCACUACUUCAUCCAGAGGCUCCCGUACAUGCCCCAGCUCCGUGCCCUGCACAUCCCGCACAUCGCCCGCCACGUCCACCGCGACCCGAAGGAACUGGCCAUGCUCAUCCUCGACGUGGUCACGAUCCGGCCGGAGAUCGGGCUGACCUACGUCGGGGUCCAGGACAAAUGCUACGAGAUCUUGGAGGGGAAGGACGGCGAGGCCGGCGGCGAGUACUACGACACGGACGACAGCCACAGCGAGGGGUUCGUGCCCGGCGGGGAGGACUGGCCGGGCUCCGAGACCAACGACGAGGAGGAGUCGGACGAGGACGGCGGGGCCAGCGCGAUCCAUACGCUGUCGGACUCGUCGUCGGACGACCGGGGCUCGUCGGAUGGCGAGGAUUCGGAGGUGGACUUCAACCGGUCGCGGGUGUCGUUCCGGCUGCGGGAGAUUUUGUUCUACGAUGAUAAGAUCGCGAUUUACAAGGCACGACACGGGGUGCUGUGAUUUUUUGGGGUGGGCGGACAGAGGCGUCGGUGUGAUUUAAGUGUUAAGAUACCACCCAGCGAUUUCGGAUUGCAAUGAGAUUUGAG